UCAGAUUUUAAAAAUGACAUCGUCUACUAUUGAGAUGACGAGUGAUGCAGAAAUUGAUGGUUUCGAGCCUGGAGACGCGAGCAUGGAGUUAAUUGGCUACGUGGAGACUAUUGAGGGAAUGAGAGAGAUACGUUCACCUCAAAAACAUCUAUUUAAGUUUAUUAUCAACAACGGUAAUGACAAGCGAAUGCGUGUAUUGAUGUGGGCCAAAGAAGCACUCAAGUAUUUGCCCCAGAUCACAUUAAAACAGAUUGUAAGCCUAACUAUGGGGACCAUCAGUGCUGUCAAUCCAAAAUUUAAAGGCUCAUACGAAAACAUGGCUGACACAGAAUUCAACGUACAAACUACCAGUGACGUAACCUUCCAUGGUGUGUAUGGCGAGACUGCACAGUGCUUCCUUUCGUACGAAGAAGUUCCUCUUCAACGUGUUUCAACAAUGACAAUGCCCAUGUGCAUUGAAGCAUUCUUACGUAGUCCAUUUAAACUGGUUAGUACUAUCAACGGAAGUUAUGGGGCCGGAUUGGUAGUGGACCCUAACUACAAAUUGGCUGUACAAAUAACCAAUUUUAAAGACAAUGAAAAUCUGACUCAAGGAGUAUGUCUGAAGUUAAAAGGUCAAAUGGCUAAGAAUAAAAUGGGGGGACAGUUUUUUAAGGUGUCUGAUAUGGGGAAUGAGAACGUUGUCGAGGGUAAUGACAGUGGCUGAUAUGAAGAAGGCAAUACUGUCAGCUACUUCAAAAACUCUCAAAAAUGAAGGACUAUCCACGUCCAAACGUUCCGCUGUCACUCUAGAUGGAGAUGAAAAUCUAUCACCAAAUUGGAAAAUCAAAAAAGAUUAAUCCGCAUGUGAUUUCAUUUUUCGGACUCCAUGUUAACGUCACAAUCAUAAUGUGAUAAUCAAUCAUAAUGUGAUAAAUAACAUUGAUAUGUUGGAUCAGGGUUUUUUAGUGUAAACUAAAAUAUUUUCAUAUCCUUGCUACUCAUCGCAUUAGAAGCAAUUAAAUUUUUCAACAAACACAAGGUUAUCAACGUUCAAUUUAAAGGAAAUAUAAUUAUGUUUCAGUAUUAUAAUACGUA